CCACAAAGAAAGCCUUCCCCUUUCUUCAACUUCGACUCUAAGCUUUAACACAUCGUGUUGUCAUCAUCACUACUGGCUGGAUAUUAUUUUGCACCCAUCUCACACCUUCCUCCUAUUCUUCCUUUCUUCCUCCUCCUCCGAGAUCUAAAAGCUUUCUGCUUUUGUAUCCUUCCCACUUCCUUCUUGAUUCUUACACUGGCAUAGGUAGUAGCGAUCAUCGCCGGUUCCGUUUCCCACAAAAAAAGCUUUUUAGUAUUUGCCGCUGCUUCUCUUCGUAUACCCACUUCCAACUUGAUCCGUUAAUCUAUUGGGUUCUCUCAUUCUAGUUUCCAUUUGUUUUCUUAUUCAAUUGGCCGCAAGCUCUUGUGCCCUUUGUCUACUUACCCUCUUUCGUCUCUUCUGUCUUGUUCCUUCUGUUGUUUCGGUGCCAGACAGUGCGGGGUGAGUUGCCCUUUCCCCGAUUCGGGAACUUGUUGGGAUUUGCUCAAUUCCUUUCGGUGCCGAAUUGAUUGCCCCGAUCUUUGCUUUGCUAGUUGGAUUCGAUUUGGCUUCUGAGGAAGUUCUAGGUUUUGUUUUGGUGGGAUUCCAUUUCAGAUUUUACUGGGUUUUUGCUGAUCUGGGGUGAAGUUUAAUCCCUUUGAAGUUUUGGCUAUCUGGGUUCUUCUUAUCUACUGGUCAAAUUGACACUCGAGAGAGCUUUCAGUACUGUAAGACACUGCGGUUUGUGGGUGGAGGCAGACUCCCGCUUGAUAAAGAAUUUUGGAGAAAGAUUAAUGCUUUGUUGGUGUUGAGAUGCAGCCUGAUCAGCGGAAGAAGUCUGUCGAAGUUGACUUUUUCACCGAGUAUGGUGAGGGGAGCAGGUAUAAAAUAGAGGAAGUUAUUGGCAAAGGAAGUUAUGGUGUUGUUUGCUCUGCAUUUGACACACACACAGGAGAGAAAGUUGCAAUUAAGAAAAUCAAUGACAUCUUUGAACAUGUCUCUGAUGCCACACGCAUCCUUCGAGAAAUUAAACUUCUCAGGCUUCUCCGUCAUCCGGAUAUUGUGGAGAUCAAGCACAUCUUGUUGCCCCCUUCCAGAAGGGAGUUUAAGGACAUCUAUGUAGUUUUUGAGUUGAUGGAAUCUGAUCUACACCAAGUUAUCAAAGCAAAUGAUGAUCUAACACCCGAGCACUAUCAGUUCUUUCUUUAUCAGCUUCUCCGAGGCCUGAAGUACAUACACACUGCCAAUGUGUUUCACAGGGAUCUAAAACCUAAAAAUAUCUUAGCCAAUGCUGACUGUAAAUUAAAGAUUUGUGACUUCGGCCUAGCAAGAGUUGCCUUCAAUGACACUCCCACGGCUAUUUUCUGGACAUUUUGCAUCUCGGCAAAGCUAAUUGUUUCUGUUGUUGCUCUUUCCCAGGAUUAUGUUGCUACGAGAUGGUAUAGAGCUCCAGAAUUGUGUGGGUCGUUUUUCUCCAAGUACACACCAGCAAUAGACAUAUGGAGCAUUGGAUGCAUCUUUUCUGAACUUUUGACCGGGAAACCUCUUUUCCCCGGGAAAAAUGUAGUCCAUCAGUUGGAUCUGAUGACUGAUCUUUUGGGAACCCCAUCUUCUGAAGCAAUUGCAAGGGUUCGCAAUGAGAAAGCUCGGAGAUACCUUAGUAGCAUGCGGAAGAAGAAGCCAAUUCCUUUUACUCACAAAUUCCCUCAUGCAGAUCCUCUUGCACUUAAAUUAUUAGAAAAAAUGCUAGCAUUUGAACCCAAAGACAGGCCUACUGCUGAAGAGGCCCUUGCAGAUCCAUAUUUCAGAGGUUUGGCCAAAGUUGAGAGAGAGCCUUCUGCUCAACCUGUUACCAAGAUGGAAUUUGAAUUUGAGAGGCGAAGAAUAACAAAAGAAGAUGUAAGAGAGCUCAUUUACAGAGAAACACUGGAGUACCAUCCAAAAAUGUUGAAAGAAUUCUUAGAAGGUUCAGAACCAACGGGCUUCAUGUACCCAAGUGCUGUUGACCAUUUCAAGAAGCAAUUUGCAUAUCUUGAGGAGCAUUACGGAAAUGGUGGGCCUGCUGCUACUCCGCCAGAAAGAACUCAUGCAUCAUUGCCAAGGUGUGGCAAGUGUUCUUUCGUUUGGUUUGACAUGCUGCUAUCUUGGGAUUUUAUUCACAGUGUUUACACUACAAUGGUGCAUGCAGGGCCUGCGUAUUAUAUUCAGAUAAGAAUCCUAUGCUGAGCUCAGCAAAAGUAGCAAAUGAUCUUUCUAAAUGUUCUAUCAAAGAUAUCGAGAAGCCACACAUGGACAAGAGUGGUGGUAUCCCUAUGACAAGGCCUCCCAUUCAAGUCCCUCAAAGUAUUCAAGCGGGACCUGCUCGUCCCGGGAAAGUUGUUGGCUCUGUACUGCGAUACAACAACUGUGCCACAGCAGCAGAGCCUGUUGUCGACCAACGGAGAAUGGUUAGAAACCCUUCUACCACAUCUCAAUACACCUCGUCGAACGGUUCGUAUCCGAGAAGAAACCCAGGCUGCAAGAAUGACAGGGGAGAAGACGAUGGAAUUGAAGGGUCCAAUGGAUUGCAGCCAAAACCACAGUUCAUGGCAAGGAAAGUUGCUGCUGCUCAAGGUGGACCGGGAAGUCAAUGGUAUUGAUGAUGGUUAUACACAGCAUGGUUGGCUGAGUUUGUAACACUUUGACUUCAAUCUCUCCAUUUUCCCUUAAUGGAGCUGCUAUGAACUGGACUCACCUGCUUCGAGUACUCGGUCAUGCAAUGGACUACUUUGGUGCUAAGGGUGGUUCAAAAGACUGGUCGGAGGGACUAUCUUGUCUUGAGAGGACGAAGUGAAGCAGAGAAUGGAACAGGUUGUGUAAUUUAUUUCUCUAACUGAAAGGUUAAAAAAGCUGUAAUAAACAGGUUCUUGGUUCGUGAGAAUACUGGGAUGUUGCAUGUCUGGUUUAAGCUCAGUAGUCAGCCCACACGAAAGGAGUCUGAUGUUCGUAAAUCAGAGUCGGGUAGAGUUGGCUGGUUGCUUACCAGAUUCUCUGCAUCUCUUGUUCGUUCGUUCUGAGAUAGGAAGUUUUUAUACCCUUUUGUUAUGUUAACCCCAAAUUGUUCGUAUUCACUAUUUGUACACUUCUACUGUCUAUGUAACUUUGUUAAAUAAAGAUCCUGCUUUUUGUGCUUGUGAAUUGUGAUAUUCCAGGGC